AACCCUACCCUCACUUCUUGUCCCAUAAAUACCGUCUGUCCUUUAUGGCUCCCAUUUUCUGACGCGGGACCGAGAAAAAGAACCGGUCUUCUUCCUCUCUCGGAGUAGGAUCGAGGUCGAGAAAAGAUGGAUCGGUACCAGAGGGUGGAGAAGCCGAGAGCAGAGACGCCCAUCAACGAGAAUGAGAUUCGGAUAACCACACAAGGGAGGACGAGGAACUACAUCACGUAUGCAACGACCUUGCUCCAGGAAAAGGGAUCUAAUGAAAUCAUUAUCAAAGCUAUGGGAAGAGCCAUCAACAAGACAGUCAUGAUUGUGGAGUUGAUCAAGAGGAGGAUUGCAGGUCUCCAUCAGAACACAAAAAUUGAAUCUAUUGAUAUAACUGAUACGUGGGAGCCAUUGGAAGAAGGACUUCUCCCCCUUGAAACUACCCGCCAUGUAUCAAUGAUAACUAUAACUUUGUCCAAGAAGGAGCUGGAUACGUCCUCCCCAGGAUACCAACCACCCAUACCAGCUGAUCAGGUGAAGCCUUCAACAGAACUUGAUUAUGAAGGAGAGCCCUUGCCAUCUGGUGGUCGUGGUAGAGGACGUGGUGGUCGUGGAAGAGGCAGGGGUAGAGGGAUCAGCAAUGGGAUGGCAGAUUAUGAUGCUGAUGGAGGUUGGGAUGGUGGACGUGGAUAUGGCGGCAGAGGGAGGGGGCUUGGAAGAGGCCGUGGUUCCUAUGGACGUGGAAGAGGCUAUGGCGGCGGCUAUGGUGGUGGCGGCUAUGGUCGCAGCGGCUAUGGUGGCAGAGAUAUGCAGCAUGAAUCAGGUGGAUAUGACAAUGGUGAGCCAAGGGUACAAGGACGUGGACGUGGCAGGGGGGGGGCGUGGUCGAGGCCGUGGUAGUCAGGGUUAAGAUCAGAUGGACUCUCUAGAUGAUGCAUAAGCCCUCCUCUAAUGCAAGAUAAAUAUUCAUAUGCCUGCUUUGCCCGUGAUAUUUGAAAACAGUUUGCACUCGAACUUACUUGUAGGUGGUUGCUGAAUUUUACUUGUAACCUGCCGCCUUCUUUGGAAUGUGGCUGGUUGUGUUUUUGUAGUUAGGUUUUUUCUCCAUUUAUUGUUGUCCAAAGUUUGAUGUCUGCUGUGAAAUUGUACAAUUUCCUUAUGUUUUUGUAGGAAUGAUAGAACAGUAAUUCUUUGAUUCUUGAAACCAAUUUGAGCUUCCUAUGUUUUUCUAA